UUGACACACAUCUGGGACAAAUCCGCACUGCGCUUCUCAUGUCCUGAACCUGAUCGAAGUCAACCUAAGACUCGUUUUCUCGGAACUCUAUCCGUGCAGGCUGGCUGUGAUUAAUAAUGGCAGAUACUGCUCCAAUCGACACCAUUCAUUCACGACAACAUGAUAGUGAUCCAAAUCUAGAACCCUCCUCUGAUCUGGAUAAUCCACAUCAGUCUGCCCCGCUGGGCACCGAGUCCAAGUACGAGCAAGACGUUCCCCCGGAUGGAGGAUAUGGCUGGGUCUGUGUUGCGUGUGUGUUCUGGAUCAAUGCCCACACUUGGGGCAUCAACAGCAGUUACGGCGUGUUUCUCUCCUACUACCUCUCCCAUGAUGUGUUUCCCAAUACUUCCGCCCUCUCAUACGCCUUUACUGGUGGCUUGAGUAUAUCGUGUGCACUUCUCGUGGCCCCUGUGGCCACGUACCUUAUCCAUGUUUUCGGCACCCGCUUAACCCUCAACCUGGGUGUUUUCUUUGAGACGCUCUCGCUCAUCGGGUCCUCGUUUGCAACUCAACGAUGGCACAUUUUCCUCAGCCAAGGGGUCUGUUUUGGCUGGGGCAUGGGCUUUCUUUUCGUCGGCACUGUCGGUAUCAUCCCGCAAUGGUUCUCACGGCGCCGUAGCCUGGCCAUGGGGAUCAAUGCCGCCGGGUCUGGCCUCGGUGGUCUCAUGUACUCGCUCGCUGUCGGCGCCAUGAUCCCUCGCCUAGGCCUGCCCUGGGCCUUUCGCAUCCUCGGCAUCACCGCCUGCGUUGUCAACCUGGUGUGCGCCAAUCUCCUGCGUGAUCGCAACAAGGCCGUGGGCAGCCGACACCAGGCUUUUGCGCUGCCGCUCCUCAAGCGGCCGGAAUUCCUGCUGUUUCUCGGCUGGGGCGUCUUCAGCAUGCUUGGCUACGUUGCGCUGCUUUUCAGUGUCGCCAACUUCGCCCUUUCUGUGGGCCUGACUUCCCACCAGGGCAGUGUGGUAAGCGCCCUCCUGAACCUCGGCCAGGGCCUCGGCCGCCCCUUCGUUGGCAUGUUCAGCGACCGCCUCGGCCGCAUCAACAUCGCCACCUUCCUCACAUUCCUGUGCGGUCUUUUCUGUCUUGUCAUCUGGACGUUUGCGCGCAGUAUGGGCGUCGUAUGCUUCUUUGCCGUGCUGGUCGGCACCGUCUCUGGCACCUACUGGGCUACCGUCGCCCCCGUCGCGAGCGAGAUCAUCGGGCUCCGGGAUCUGCCCAGCGGACUGAGCAUCACUUGGUUGGUAUUAGUACCCCCUUGCACCGUGUCAGAAGCCAUCGCUCUGCUGUUGCGCAACAAUCACGCUGGAGACGCGGCGUAUCUGCGCGUGCAGAUCUUCACCGGGUUCAUGUACAUAGGCGCGGCUCUGUGUCUUUGGCUAGUCCGGGCGUGGAAGAUUAGAGAAAUAGCGCAAAUAGCCACCGAGAAAUCGCUGAAUGAUUCGUCUCAGACCGGGGUGAAGGAUGCCCCGGAGCAGUCGAAGAUCGAAACCGGUGCGACGGAGAUGGACCGCCAGGUAACAUUUCAAAGAAUGUCAAAGUCGCACCUUUGGUCUCCGAUCAGCUUGUUACGUGAGAUGGUGUCGUUACAGAGAGUAUAGUAUGGAAAUACAGUACAGAGUAGGGGAAAGGGGAAGAGUUGGGAGGUUGGAUGAAGAUGUACAGGAUCGAUCGUAAGAUCUCGGAUGUCAUUACACAGAAUAGAAAUUUAGAUUGAACACAACUUA